ACGGUGGGAGCAGAUCCAUUUCCGGGUUGGCCCAAGGGGCGGCGGCGGCGGCGGAAAAAAAAAGGGAGCUUGCUGGGGGGCCGAAGCAGGAGGGGACGAAGCCCCGAGUGGAGGCAGUGGAGGAAGAAAUCCGCUCCUGGAGCAGCAGCCGCGGCCAGGUAUAUGAGUGACCUAACGCUACAAAAGAAGACGGAGAGAGAGCAGUGCCAGCUGCGAGCAGGGCAAGGAUGCCAAUUCCUCCUCCCCCACCGCCCCCACCUGGGCCUCCUCCGCCUCCCAGCUUUAAUCAGGCGAGCACAGAGCCGCCCAAGCUGAGCAGGGAGGAGCAUCGAGGCCGUGGUGCUCUCCUGCAAGACAUCUGCAGAGGGACCAAACUGAAGAAGGUGACCAACAUUAACGACCGGAGUGCUCCUAUCCUCGAGAAACCCAAAGGAAACAGCAGCGGUGGUUAUGGCUCCGGAGCAGCAGCCCUACAACCUAAAGGAGGUCUCUUUCAAGGCGGUGUGCCCAAGCUCAGGCCUGUGGGCACCAAGGACAUUUCAGAGAACAAGGCAGCUCAAGUCCCCAGUUCUCGGGCUGCUGCCCCCAAGCCUCCCGUGUCAUCAGCCAGUGGGCGCCCUCAAGAUGAUACGGAGAGCAGCCGCGCCUCCCUCCCAGAACUUCCCCGGAUGCAGAGACCCUCGCUGCCAGACCUUUCUCGGCCCCAUGCCACCAGCAGUACGGGCAUGAAGCACAGCUCCUCUGCUCCACCUCCACCACCACCCGGGCGUCGGGCCAAUGCGCCCCCCACACCUCUGCCUGUACACAGCAACAAAGGGCCGGCCUAUAACAGAGAGAAACCUUUGCCGCCCACCCCCGGACAGAGGCUUCACCCGGGUCGUGAUGGGCCGCCUGCCCCCCCUCCUGUGAAGCCACCUCCCUCCCCUGUGAAUCUCCGAACAGGACCAAGCAGCCAGUCUCUGGCUCCCCCACCACCACCUUACCGCCAACCUCCAGGGGUCCCUAAUGGACCCUCCAGUCCCACAAAUGAGUCAGCCCCAGAGCUGCCACAGAGACACAAUUCUUUGCAUCGGAAGACACCAGGGCCCAUCCGAGGCCACGCGCCUCCUCCACCCACCUCUGUGUCCCCUUCUUUACAGAGUAACAGGCCGCCCCCCCCAGCCCGAGAACCUCCCAGUCGGGGAGCAGCUCCUCCACCUCCACCACCCAUGAUCCGAAAUGGGGCCCGGGAUGCACCCCCUCCACCGCCACCAUACCGAAUGCAUGGGUCAGAACCUCUGAGCCGUGGAAAGCCCCCACCUCCGCCUUCAAGGACACCAGCUGGACCGCCACCUCCUCCCCCGCCACCCAUACGGAAUGGCCACAGAGAUUCUAUUACCACUGUCCGGUCCUUCUUGGAUGAUUUUGAAUCAAAAUACUCUUUUCAUCCAGUAGAGGACUUUCCUGCUCCUGAAGAAUAUAAACACUUUCAGAGAAUAUAUCCCAGCAAAACAAACAGAGCUGCCCGUGGAGCCCCACCGCUGCCGCCCAUUCUCAGGUGAGGCCUGAUGUGGUCCUGUCCCUCAGGAAAAGAAUGGAGCCUCUCCUCUCAGACGGUCCCUGCCAUUCCCUCAGUCCUGCAUGAGCGCUCCCAGCGUGUUUCGCCAGUGCACCCACCUCUAGACUCCAAGCAUCCUCCUGGCUCACUUCCAUCUAUGCAUCUUGUCUCUGGAUUUGGGGAUCAGACUCCAGGUGGAGAGUGGGGCCCUCAGACCCUGCCUCCAUUACUCCUCUAGCAAGUACUGCUGGCCAGACUCGGAUGUGCUUCCCUGCCUCCUGCUUUCCUCUCUUGGAGGAAAGGUGCCUUGUUGAGAUGAACUAACUCAUCGUGGGAGCAGGAUGGAGAUCGGUACCUCUGCCACCACCUCCUGUCACCACAGGGAAGCUUG